AAAUUCCGCAUAUAUAUAAAUGUUAUAUCUUUUAUAUACUUACUAGAUACAAUUAAAUUUGUGAUUUUUAAACGUUUCAGCUUCAACAUCGGAUGUAUUUCUUUUGUGAAUUAUUUAACUGGUUGCUGUAUGUAAAGAUUAUAAUUUUAUAAGUUAUAAGCAAAUGUUGUUGAAGGAGAUGUCGUCCACGCAUGCGUAACUUACUAAAUUCCAAAUUGAAACAAUACGGACGUAGAUAGGCAGAACUUAAAUGGAUGUAAAUACAUUUUUAGCAUUUUUUUUGUCGGUAGAAAUUGUUCUUUUCCCGUUGGUUAUCAUCUUACGGACAUGACAGAAGAUUUAUAGCGUUAUCUAUCGUUUUGCGUUCCCGUGUUCAUCUUAAUAUCGCUUUUGAAAUAAGAAAUAUUCUGAUCAUCUUAUACAGGUACUACUAGGGGAAAAUCAUGCAAAAUACGUGCAGGUGAUUGAAGCAGCUCGGCUAGAUGCUAGAAUUGAAAUUUCUGCUCGAGUUAACGUUUUUCGCCGACGUUGGGUUAAAUAUAGUUUAUUUGGAACGUUAUUAUUGUUUGGAAGAUGUCAUUUAUACGUUCUUGCUUAGACCAAAUGUACAUGUAGGAAGCCUACCCAAUGGGUACCCUGGAUAAACUGGAAAUAAAUUUGGAAAACAGUACAGACGGAUAUUUCUUAGCGGGUCAGACUGUACUCGGCAAACUUAUCAUUGCAUUGAGAAGGAGUUUGAAAAUACAAGGAAUCGAGCUGAAGGUGAGGGGAAGAUGUCACGCGGAAUGGAAAGAGGGCACUGGUGAUGAGGAACGACAGCUGUAUGAGACAGAAGAGUAUAUAACUCAGUCAAUCAUUGUGUUUGGGAAAGCCCCGGAUAAAGAUAUCCCUCACUUGGAAUUUUUGGAGAGCGGAAAACACGUGUUUCACUACAAGUUUGAUCUACCUCAAAAUAUACCGUCUUCGUUUGAAGGUAUGCAUGGCUAUGUACGAUAUUGGGUAAAGGCCAAGAUUCAUGGUGUAUGGGGAUUACUUGACCAGUCGGGGAGAGUAGAAUUUGGUGUGGAGCGACCACUAGAUUUGAACAACGUUCAGGGAGCAAUGGAACCGGCGGAAGACGAGGAUUCAUGUGUAAUUUGUGGGUGUUGUCUGAACCAAGGUACCAUAUCAGCCUCUUUCCGAAUAAAUAGGCGUGGCUUCGUUUCGGGCGAGUCCAUUUUCUGCGAUGCUGAAAUAUACAAUGGAUCCGUCUCAAGUAUAAAGUCAACAAAGAUAAAAUUUUAUAAGAUAAUAACAUAUGGCGACGUUCCUUUUGAAUCAAACACGAGGGAGAAGCAGACCAUUUGUGAACAGAUACGGGGUAAAAUUAAAGCUGGUCGGGAAGAGAUAUAUGACAAUGAAAUAUUAACAUUGCCGUCAAAACUUCAUGUUACGUCGUUGCCCGGAUGCUCCUUUAUUGAUAUAGAUUAUGUGGCAGAGUUAAAGGUUUGCUGCCCGAAGGAAGAUAUUAAUAUGCGUCUUCCUAUUCUGAUAAUUGUGGGCACGGUUCCUUUAAAGAAUGCCACACCUCCAAAAUUUAUCCAGCCAAUCAGAGAUAUCGUUUCAAACAGUGAAGGAAUUCCUGAACCAAUAAUAUUACCACCUACCUCAGAGAAUGGAAUAACGUCAUUCGACACGCCCUCGUUUCACGAUCGGCAAAUCACAUCUGAAGAAGUUGCGUCAUUUAUGGACUCGUUUGACCCGCCUCCGUCUAGUGUUCCACCAAUAGCAACGGAGCUUGAUGAAUUUUAUCCACCAGUAGCAGAAUUUUCAAUUCUACAACGGGAGAAAACUUUGACCAACAUUUAUGGAGACAGACGGGGCCCUAGAUAUUUAAGAAUUAUGUCUGCAGUGAAUGAAGGGGCUGAAUUUGACGAUGAAGAUGAUGAAAUGUGAUUUAUGGCGUAAACAGCACUAAAACAACUGAAUAAAGAUAACAAAACAGAAAUUCUUUAAAUGCGCAUGCGUUUCAUAUAGUUAGGUUAGGUGUAACUCACAUACGUAAAUAUGUUGAACUAAACUGAGACAAGAUCAAGGAGAAGUUCAACUUGAGGGAAGCAACUGUGUGCUUACACUUAUAUUAUUCUGUUUGAGUUACCUCGCUUUAAUUAUUCAAAUUGAACCUAACCCCUCGGGUUAGUACCCCUUUAAGCUGGACUUAAACUUUGGUCCGAUUUCCGUUCGGUUUAGAGCGCUCCCAUUCAAUGACAUUGAAUGAAUAUCCAAUGCAUAUGGAAUGCUGUUUCGUACAUUUUCUACCAUGAAGUAUAGCGAUUGUUGGAAGCGAAGUAAUGGGAUGUAUUAUCAUCCUACAAUCGUUAUCCUACCAUCCUAUUAUUCUUCCAUCCUACCGUCCUAUUAUUUUAUCACCCUGUUAUCCUACCACCCUAUUAUCCUACCAUUUUAUUAUUUUACCAUCAUAUUUUCCUACCAUCCUAUUACUCUACAAUACAGUUAUGCUAUCUUCCCAUCACUAUACCAUUCUGUUAUCCUACCCUACUACGAUUCUGCCAUCCCAUUAUUCUAUCAUUUUAUUAUUCUAUCAUCUAUGAUGUAUGUAAGACAGAAAAACUGAAAAUAAAAUUUAAAUAAAUCGGUCACUGCAUAAUUUUAUUAUACUGAAUGACAAUGCUGCCCAAGUCUGUCAUUCCUAUCUGGUUGUUCCGUAAAUCCACGAAAUUUCCGUACUCUCAGACAAUGCUAAAACUUCAUAGGAUGAUUGCUGAAGACAAUUAAAUGAUGAAGGUCAGUAGGUCAAGGUUACAGUAAUCUUUAGAGGCUGAAACUGGUUUCCAUUUAAUUACUCGAGAACGCUUUUAAACCUACGAAUUUCGAUCGUCUCUGGCCGGUGAUGAGUAGAUUAAGGAUCAGUAGGUCAAAGGUCAAUGUCACAAUAAUAAUAAUAAUAAUAAUAAUAAUAAUAAAGACUUUAUUUAUAGAGGCAACACAGUUAGGUACAAUGGCCUUGACAUAUUAGUGUCAAACUUCUUAUGAAGAUUGUCUGGUCAAUAAAUGAUCUGUACAGUUUUGGGGGUCAGUAGGUCAUAGUUCAAUGUCAGUUGGACAUUGAGACUUAAAACAGAUUCCCGUUUAAAAACUGUAGAACGCUUGAACCUAGAUUUGUCAAACUUCACAGGAUGCGUGUUUGUGGUCAGUUAUGGGGAUAAGUAGGUCAGAAGUCAAGGAAACAAACACACCAAGGCUAAAAUUGGUUUCCGAUCAAUUGCAGGAGAAUACGAUUUAUGAACAACUUCAUUUCUAACAGGUCUCUGCAUACUAUACAUGUACCAAGUUUGGUCUACAUGUAGCAGUCUUGUGUGAAAACCAUUCCUUUUAUAUUUAAUAACAGUGAGCUACACGUUCACCCUAGCAACCCCAAGCGCAGCUGAACAUUGGUCUCCCGGCAAGCUACCUUUAUGCCAUGUUUGACUGCAAUACUUCAUUCCUAUUUCUUGGGUGAAAAGGCAUUUCUUUUCUACAUCAAAGUAAAAGCGACCUUUUGACCUUGACCAAAGUGACCAGAACGCACACCUGUUUCUACAUUAAGUAACAGCGACCUUGACCUAGAUCCAGGUGACCAGAAUGCACAUGUGAUUCUACAUUAAGUAAUGGCGGCCUUGACAUUGACCCAGGUGACCAUAAUGCACACCUGAUUCUACAUUAAGUAAUAGCGACCUUGGCCUUGACCCGUUUCAAAGAUAUCUUCAUAUGUAUGGUCAGUGAUCUCAUUCCUAACUGAAGUUAUGGAGCAAAAACCAACCAAUGUGAUUUGCAAAUCCUUUACAGCUAACACUAUGCAAGUACCAAGAGCCAUAACUCUUGUUUUAGGCAGUCUGAACAAAACUUGCAGAGUUACUUUUCCUUACAGGGGUAAAUAUGUCUCCAAUACUCCAAACUAUGUGUUUAAUAGGACUCCAAACAGACAGCGCCAAAACUCUCUUUUCGACAUUUGCACAGGAAAAAAAAUGUACAAUUCCCACGUGAUAUGCCAACAUACUUCAAUUUUGACAAAUGAUGGUGAAGUAUCCUAAACUAGUUCAGAAUAAAUCUAUGCAUCCUUUUCAUUUCAUGACCAUCUUUUUGUUCUUUGGUUUACUUUACAGCCAUUUGUUAAGAUUGAAUUUCAUUUAAACCAAUCAAUUUUGCUUCCUGGAAAAACUAGUACUGCUGUCAUACACAGCACUGUGGGGGUGACCCCUAAUGACUUCAAGCCUGACAGACCUUUUGUCAACAAGACCAUCACUCCCCUUUACUUUUACAUCUGAACAGUCUUUCCUUUAGUAUUAAUGACCAAAGUAAAAUACAACCAGUAUAUAUUUUU